CUCUCUUAUCGCGAGACUUGCACCAUGAUCCCGUCACAGACAACCUGCCUGCCGGAGGACGCAGAAAACUAAUCUGUGAUUGUGAAGCGUUUUCAUGGAUUCAACGUAGACCGGUGAAGACGUGCAGCCACCGACUGUCGAGCCAUCACCGACUUCAGCCUGUAUCCGCUGCAGUAUUUCCAGUAUUUAGCUGGAGUACGACCUUAAACCGGCUAGCAAUAGCUCUAGCUACGCUUCAUUGGGUCUCUUGUUUACACGUUAGCUUCAGCUAAUGCUAGCUAGCGUGCGUCAAAACACUGACCGCGUUGCUUGUUUACAACCUGUUUUCUUUAAACUAGCUUGAAGUAGACCAUGUUUGUAGUAUUAUACUAUGCAGACUGGAUUUCUACCUUGCACCACAUUGAAUGUUAUCACUGUAUACAGCAGUAGAAGCGUUAGCCUGCGAAAUACAAUAAAUAAAGCUUUAUUGAUAUAGAGACUAUCAGGUGUGAGCCAACAGGAGAUUGGAUUUUAAAUGAAAGACAAUGGCCGAAAUAAAGCGUAGAUAUGUCGUAGCUUCUCAGCAUGGCAGCAUCUGAUGGCAGCUCUUAGGUGCCAGGGCAGAGGAGCAUUCAGCGGCGGCCACAUCGCUCCCCGGCGGCUGCCUGCGGAGGCCGAGCGCAGAGGUAAACAGCGCGGUGACUCGGUCGUUGGCAUCAAAGCUCCACCGGUGAAACUGCGGGCGAUGGAGUCGGUCAGGAGCGCCUUCCACGCCCAGCUGGCCACCGUCAUGGACUCCCUGCUGGCCGCCGCCGUGUGCGAGAUCGCCAAGAUCUUCGAGGGCAGCCUGUGCGAGCAGCAGGCGGAGCUGGUGCAGAAGACCGAGGAGAUCUCCAUCCUCCGAGGCAAGCUGGAGAAGGUGGAGAGGAGGCAGCGGGCGAAGAGCGGGGAAGGGGAGAUGCCACCGGCGGAGAGAGAGGGCAGCAUGAGGCAGCAGACCCCGACAGGAUCAGGACUUAAUGUGGGGAAGGAUGUGACUUCUCACCCAGACCCAGUAGAAGGGCUCAGUCAGAGCCUCAGUGGACUGAAAGAGGAGGUGACAGGCCAGGAUGGAGCUUCAGUAAAACAUGAGCGUGCUGGUUCACGGCCUAACCUGGGGUCUGUCGCAGUUCAAACUGCAGAGGGAAGCCUUGCUGCUGGGGACCAGAGGCAGAUAGAUACUUUGUCUAUCACACAAGCCAAGUCCAAAUUGUCUCAUUGGGACCAGGGCAGUCGCAGUGCAGACCACAGACCCCUUCAGGAUCAAGCCUCCACCGCGUUUCUCUCCAUCUCCCAGAGUGGACGUUGUUCUCCUAGGCCUGACCCAGGCUUAGCUCAACCAGGGGAUUGGUUACCAGCAUUGGAGGCCGCUCGAGUUAGGAUGUCCGGUCUAGAGAAUCUGCAGGCAGAUGGCACCAGCUGCCCUGGGCCAGCUAGCAGCAGCACUGGCACAGACGCAUCCUGCUUCCGACCUGGAUUUGGCUCUGACGAGACCAGCAAUGAAGGUGACAAUAGUUCUUUCCCUUUCCUGGACCAGGAGGCUGAGAACCAGGACUCCAGUCAGAACUCCGUGCAGGGUCAGGGUGUCGGGCAGAGGGAGGCUCAGCAGGAUCAACCCCAAGCUCCCACUGGCGAAUCACCAUGGAGACUCAGAGAUGACCGGGGUGGGAGAGGCACCAUCAAUCAUACACGGCGAGUUACAGCAUUGGGCAGCAGAGACCCUCUAAGACCACAGUCCAACUCGCAGUCGCUCACAUUACGGCACACAAAUGCCCUCAGCCACCCUCCGGCUCCUGGUGGAGGGAAUGGACGACCUUACACAUGUCCAUACUGUGCCAAGUGUUUUACAUACCCCUCCCACCAGCGCAGACACCUUUUGCGCCACACGGGGGUCCGACUGCAUCCCUGUCAGUUUUGUGAAAAGAGCUUCCUCACUCCCUCCGAGCUGACGGUUCACACUCGCACACAUACAGGGGAGCGGCCUUUUGGCUGCGCUCAGUGUGGUAAACGUUUUGCCCGCAGCGGGAACUUGAGGGCCCACCAACGGGAUGUUCACAUGGGGAAGAGGCCCUUCGCUUGCACAGAGUGUGGGAAGAGAUUUGCUCACAGGGGGAACCUGAGGGUGCACAAUCACAGAGUCCACCAAGGAGAUCCCUACUACAUGGAAGACCAGCAGGAGCCUGACAUAGGCCAGAAUCCCAUCUGAGAAGAUAAAAAAAAAAAGAUGGUUCUGCACUUUAAUUUUGUGGUCAAACCCGAGGAGCUUAUUUCAGGGCUGCCGAUUGAGUCCCGCCUGAAUUUAUCAAUGAACACCUUUUUUUUUAAAUAUAUUUUUUAUUUUUUAUUUGUUGUGGCGCAACUAUAAAAUGAAGUCCGCCAUUAGGUUUUGUUAUAAAUGAAGUAUGAGAUCAAAUAGAUUUGAUUUCUGCUUUCAUUUUAUCUUUAAUGAUGAUUCAAGUCAGAGUUAAGGGUCACACUAAGAAGGAAACACUUUGUUUUUACUGUAUUAUUGACUGGCUAUAAUAAGCAACAGUAUUAGCUGUUUUUGUACAAAAAUAAUCUCCAGGUUGACCCAUUCUUCCAAUGGUUUUCCUCCCUGUCAGUCACUGAAGAAAUUCAAUCACCAUUUCAUUACUCUAGAUGAGAGAAGUACCCAGUUUUUAAUGAAGCCAGUAAAAAAGGCUAGUUGAUAUUAGAUUUAGACAUGUAGCAUGCAACAUUGUGCUUAUCUACUGCCCAUUUCCUCAAACAUAUUUACACUGUGCUUAAAAUACAAAUGUUAUUGCAAAAAGUACAUAACUGUGUUGUUAAAGGACUUUGCUUUUAUUUUCAUCCUGUCUUUGCAAAGUGAAAUUAAAUAAUAUACUCAUGUAAAAAACGGUUUGUUCUCCUCAACUUGAAACAAUGCAUUCAAAUAAUCUAAUAUUGUUGCACUGCUGAUUGUCAGACACCAGGGGGCAGUGUGAACAUGCAAACGAGUUGUAGAAAUAGUUAUGGAUAUCAUUGCACAUAGCUAGAAGCCCUUCACCGCAUGUUUGACAGUCUGCCCUAUAGUUUCCCAUUUUUCACUCAACGUUUGCACUUGUGUCAUCAUACCCUCGCUCAAUUGGAUGCAUGUGAUUAAAAUGCUAAGUCAAAGUGUGGGUAUAUAAGACCCUGGGCUCUUGUGUUUGCCUCUAAAAUGACACACAUUUCUCUCCUGCAGUUUGUAUUGACGUGUGUUUGUAAAACCAACUGCAGUUUCAGCAAAAUCCUUUAAUAGCAGCAUGAUGUUUUUACAUUAGUCGUUCAUCCUUAAAGGAGAGGUUCACAUUUGUUCAAGCCUGCCUUAAGACAAUGCUCAUGUGAACUCAUGUACAUUAAGUCAUCUGUCCCGUUAAUUGUUCCUCCUUGAAACAUUCCUUCCUAAAGUGAGUUUAUUGCAGGUUAAUAUCCAAUGUACUAGUUCUGUGUAAAAAUAUCAAUAUAUAAUAUCAGUACAGCAGAAGCUCAUAUGUGGCUUUUGCAGUCUGAGGAAUAGGCGGCCCAAGUGGGCAUCUAGGUUUUUAGAAUGAAAUUCCCUUGUGUUAUUAUCACUUUACUGCAGCAUAAUACACCGGAUACACAAAGUUGGAUUUUGUACUCCUGUCUGCUGGAUCAACAAUAUAUCACAUUUGUUUAAAAAGAAGAGGUCCGCAAAACUUAAAAGCUCCUGUCAAAGAUCCUGUUUUAUUUGCCGUAGCGAUGUUUCAUGACUCUUCCUAAAAUUGAGAAAAAAAGUAAACGAUUAAAAGACUGAUUUACACAAA